AGACUUCCUAAACACCGAGCGCAGCCGCUGCUCUGUUGACACUCAGAGCGGAAAAAAGGGCUUCACUUCUGCUCCUCAUUUGUCAAAAGGAGCCAGUUCUCAGAUUAAACCACACAGUUAUCAGUGAUCUCACCAUCUGAUGCUACGUCCUGUCUCCGUCGUCAUGGCGACUGUGCAAGCCCCACAGCUUUGUAUACAGGGCCAGUGAGGAGGCCUGAUGUCCUGUUCCCCUUGUGACUGCCAGUGAAAUACAUGCUGCGUACACCCCGCGCUGCUCCCUAAAGUUUCUGACAUGGAGGAGGAGGGCCGGGUGAACGGCUUCGGCCUGAGCCUAGGGAGGAGGCGCUCGGACUGGGGCAGCAUCGCCCUGCUGGACAAGACCAAGGAGUUCUUCCAGACCUGCGACGUGGAGGGCAAAGGCUUCAUUAGCCGCACAGACAUGAGGAGGCUCCACAGACAGCUGCCUCUGUCUGCAGAGGAGCUGGAGGACGUGUUCGACUCUCUGGAUACGGACCACACGGGUUACCUCACGCUGGAGGCAUUCUCCUCUGGAUUCAGUCAGUUCCUGCAUGGCCGGAGGAUCUCUGUGACUGAUGAGCAGAAUCCGGCCCUCGGCCACGGCAUUAGGGCCAAAGAAGCCCUCUAUCAGAGCCAAUGGGAAGCCAAGCUGUCGGGGGUUGAUAGUGAAGAGGAGGGACACUUCUGUAUGCUGCUGGAGAGCCUGGGGGCCAGUAACGUAUUUGAGGAUCCAGGUGAGGUGCGCAGUCUCUGGGCUCAGCUCCGGCGGGAUGAGCCUCACCUUCUGUCCAAUUUCGAGGAGUUCCUGACCAGGGUCACACACCAGAUCAAAGAAGCCCACCAGGAGAAGAAGGAGAUGGAGAGCGCCCUGCAGAGGAAGUCUGCAACACAUGACAGUGAGAUCCGGUAUUUAUACGAAGAGAUGGAGGCGCAGAUAAAAAAUGAGAAGGACAGGCUGAUACUGAAGGACUCUGAGCGUCUUCAGCUGCGCAGCGUCGACCUGGAGCACCAGCUGUCUUCAAAAGAGAAAGAGCUGGAACAUAUUUUCCAGAAGCAGAAAAGGUUAGAGCUCCAGUGCCGAGAGCUGAACAGCGAGAAGCAGGAGAGCCACGUGGAGAACGUCAAGCUGAAGAUGACCAACGACGAGCUGUCCCGAGCGCUAGAGAACACCAGCCAGGAGCUGGGGCUGGCCCAGGAUCAGCUGGGCCUGCUGCAGGAGCAGGCCGCCCAGCUGCAGCAGGAGAAGGAGAUGGAAAUGUACAGAGUAACUGAGGGACUGCAGAGAGAGAAGCAGAGCCUCAUGAAGCAGCUUGACCUCCUCAGAGAGAUGAACAAACAUUUAAAAGAUGAGCGAGACAUAUGCCGAGGCGUGCCUCGAACGUCCCUCAGAAAGAAGCAGAAACAGAGAGCGGGCCUCAACAAUAUGUUCGAUGACAGCAGCCAGCCGCCCAAAAGAGCCCCACUGUUUGUGGACGGGUCCUACCAGUCUCUGGAGGCCUUGCCUAUAGAGCUCCUUCAAAUCGUGUUUGUUGCUUCCUCCUCCUGUAGCGAGGACGACACCCCUAGCCCCCCUUCCACUGUAAGCACCUCAACAUUUCAACGCCCCGCAGGGAGGAAAAACUUUGGCUUAGCUAACGGUUACGCCCACCCCGCUCCACCCAAAGCACACGACGUGAAGGCAAAGGCCAAAAAAUCACCCGGCAAGAUGGCCGCCACAAAGCGAGUUACGGGGAAAGAGAGGGAAAGAGCAAAGAGAGUGGACAUCAAGAAGAAGACGGGGAUGGAGGACGAGGUUUUGGACGCCCCCCCGGACGGGUGGCCCCUCCGGAGGGUCAUCUCCAUCGAGGAGGACCACCUGCCCCACCUGCUCCUCGGGGGGCCUCAACCUUUACUGCACCAGCUCAGUGAGGAAGAGGACGAGGAGGAGGAGGAGGAGGAGGAGGAUGAGGAUGAGGAACCUCAGAGGGACAUUGAAACUAGUGUUGUCAUAGGAGAAGGCCUCUCCGCCAGCCCAUCCUCAAAUCCUGUGUCAGCAGUAGCAUCAGUGAGGAAAUCCCGCUUUACCCGCGCCAAAAAUACGCCAAUGUCUCCAAGAGGACAGCCCGUGGGGAAGGAGACCCAGCAAAAUACCCAUGAAGCCCCCCUGUUUGUCCCGGACCGCCUGUUUAAAGUGGUCCUGGUGGGGAACUCGAGUGUUGGCAAGACGUCUCUGCUCCGCUCCUUCUGUGAGGGCCGCUUCCACCCCUCCACCACUGCAACUGUGGGGGUUGACUACAGUGUGAAGACCCUGACCCUGGACAACAUGCAGGUGGCCAUGCAGCUGUGGGACACGGCAGGGCAGGAGAGGUACCGCAGCAUCACCAAGCAGUUCUUCAGGAAGGCAGACGGGGUGGUGGUGAUGUUCGACGUGACGGUGAAGGAGAGCUUCAAGGCCGUCAAACCCUGGCUCACCAACGUCCAGGAGGCAGCAGAAGAAGGGAUCCCCAUCCUCCUUUUGGGCAACAAGAUGGACAUGGAUGCAGAGAGGGAGGUGUCCUUCAAAGAAGCCGAGCAACUGGCCUUCGAGAACAAGGUGAUGUUCUCUGAGGUCAGCGCGUACACUUCUAAGAACGUGACAGAGUCCCUGACGCACCUGGCCAGAGUGCUGAUGGAGCAGGAGGACAGGGUGAGAGACACCACAGUGGUUCUGAGUGCUCAGCCCGUGAAGAAGAAGGCCUGCUGCAAGUGAAGGGGACACUCAAUCUGCCAAGUGCUACAUCACUUUUUGCCGUGUUGUAAGACAGCAAUGAAAUCAUUGUUGGACUUUAUCGUAGAAGGUCUUCUAGCAAACCGUCUUUUUGGCGCAAACUUGAAGAACUGCUGUUUUAAUUAGGCUCAGAGGAAGACUUAAUUGAUAAUAAGGUGCUUCUAUUUCCUGUAAAUAAUGCUGUGCUGCCUAAUCACAGUAGUGCUGUCUAUAAGAUUUAAAAUGGAAAUAUAUUCUGUAUAAUAAUCACUUUUAAUCU